UAAACAGUAUCUGGUCUCGGUGGCUCUAUAAUUCUACUCCAGGCACCCCACCUUCAUUUGCCAGCUGGGAUCUCUUAAUGAGUGAGCUGCACACAGUUCAAUACUAAAAUUAUUUUUGCUGGUGAAAUAUGUUUGAAGAAGUCACAUUUGGAAGUGUUCCAUGUUCGACCUGCUUCCAUUCUGUUGCUGGCGUUCUCUUUGCAGGAUGGCUGUAGCUCCUCCAAGUUACUGUUUCGUGGCCUUCCCUCCACGUGCUAAGGAUGGUCUCGUGGUAUUUGGGAAAAAUUCAGCUCGGCCCAGAGAUGAAGUGCAGGAAGUUGUGUAUUUUUCCACUGCUGACCAUGAACCUGGGAGCAAGGUUGAGUGCACUUACAUUUCCAUCGACCAAGUUCCUCGGACCCACGCUAUCAUAAUAAGCAGGCCUGCCUGGCUUUGGGGGGCAGAAAUGGGAGCCAAUGAACAUGGAGUGUGCAUAGCCAAUGAAGCCGUCAACACCAGAGAACCCGCCCCUGAGACGGAAGCCUUACUGGGGAUGGACCUGGUCAGGCUUGGUUUAGAAAGAGGGACAACAGCUAAAGAAGCCUUAGAUGUUAUCGUCUCCUUGUUGGAAGAACAUGGACAAGGUGGAAAUUAUUAUGAAGAUGCCAACUCCUGCCAUAGUUUCCAAAGUGCAUAUCUGAUUGUGGAUCGGGAAGAAGCCUGGGUGCUUGAGACCAUAGGGAAGUACUGGGCAGCGGAGAAGAUCACAGAGGGAGAGAAGUGCAUUUGCAAUCAGCUUUCGCUUACCACUAACAUUGAUGCAGAGCAUCCUGAGCUCAGGAAUUACGCGCAGAGCCAAGGCUGGUGGACAGGAGAAGAUGAGUUCAAUUUUUCCAAAGUUUUUUCUCUAGCUGAUGACCAUCUAGACUGCUGUGCAGGCAAAACCACCCUAGAAAAACAAGAAGAAAGCAUCACGGUGCAAACUAUGAUUGACAUCUUACGUGACAAAGCCAGUGGAGUCUGUAUAGACUCAGAAUCUUUCCUCACGACAGCCAGUACAGUGUCUGUCCUGCCUCAGAACAGAAGCUCCCCCUGCAUUCACUACUUCACUGGGACCCCAGAUCCAUCCAGGUCCAUAUUCAAGCCUUUCAUCUUUGUUGAUAAUGUAAAACCUGUCCCUAAAGUUCAGUCUCCCAGUUUUGGGGACGAUGACCCUGCCAGAAAGGAGCCUCGGUUCCAGGAGAAACCAGAUCGCCGGCAUGAAUUAUAUAAAGCCCAUGAGUGGGCCCGUGCUGCCAUCGAAAGUGACCAGGAACAGGGUCGCAAGCUGAUGAAGACCAUGCUGGGGCUAGAGAAGCAAGGCCUGGAAGCCAUGGAGGAAGCCCUGAGCAGCUGCGACCCCCUGGAUCCCACCGAAGUAGGGGACCUUUUCUAUGACUGUGUUGACACGGAGAUUAAGUUCUUUAAGUGAAGUAGGCCUUCUUUCCCCCUAUUUAAAACUUCCCACCUGACUAAGUGACCAGCAAGACAAAUCACUCUCCUGUUUGACUAAGAUGAGAAAGUUACCUUGUGGUCUUCUUUUCUGAAGCCAGAUCCAACUGUGAAGGUGUGUCCUGCCUUGAAUCUCCCAACACCCCCUUCUCCUGCAAUGGAACAUGUAUCCCAUUUGCCUGUUGUUUGGUUGUAUGACUAGUUGUGGAUUUUAAGCUGCUAUGACUGUACCCCAGUG